AUGGAGCGGGCAGCCCCGGGUGCCGUCGGGUGGCCCUUCCCGAGAGGGGCCUGGCUCGACGCGGCGCUGAACGGCGACCUGGUGCCGGGGCUGCCGCUGUGGGCUGGUGCACGGGUCCUGGGGCGUGUCAAGGACGACGACGGGGCGCCGCAGGGCGUCGAGAUGCUCGAAGUGGAGGUCGCCUACCAAGCGGACGCCUUCGGCCGUUUCUUCAAGGGCCGGCACGUGGGCGCCAGCGACCCGUACUUCUCAUGGUAUGCAGCCUCCUCCGGGCAGCAGGGCGCGCGCCCCCUGGCCACGGUCUUCCACCUCUGCAAGUGCAGCGCCGCCGAGUGCGGGGCGGUCGCCCCCGUGGGCGCAGUAGUCGAGCACUUGGACGUGUGGCAGGUGGUGGACCCCCGCGAUGUGGCCCGCGAGCAGGCGAAGCUCAUCUGCCCGGCCGCAGACCCUGGAGCGCCUGUGCUGGCCGACGCGCCCUCGGCCGAGCCGAUGCCUGGAGAGCUCGGCGGCUGGCCGCUCGGGGACGGGGCCAACGAGGACGAGGAGGAGCCUCGCGGGCCACCGCGCAAGCGAGCCCGCGAGGUGGAGGGCACCCAGACCCCUGGCGGACCAGGAGAGACGAGCCCGCUCGACCAGGAGCUUGCUGGGCUCGAGGAGACCGCCGAGGACCCAGAGCUCGAGGCGCGGCUGGCGCGGCUCGGGGGCAAGGCAGCUCGUGGUGGGCCGAGGCAGGGCACGCCCAAGAAUGCUGCGCGCCCAGCAGGAGCCGUGGCCGAGCGUCUGGCGCAGGUGGUAGCUGGCCGAGCCGCCGCUGCUGCCCCUGCGCGCGCCAGCGCCACGGGGUCGAGGAGCAGGCUGGCGUCAGCGUUGACCGCUGCGCUCCUGGGGCGCGACGACGACGACGCGGAGGACGGCGCGGAGAGCGACACGGAGCGCCUCGGGGGCCGCGAUCGCUACCAGGGCGUGAACAUCAAGCGCGACUUGUUCCGCAGGAUCGCUCGGCAGCGGCCUGGUGCUCUCCUCGAGAAUGGGCUCGGCCACCUGCGCAGCCAGUUCACCCAGCAGCUGUCCGCGGGCGAAGCCGACCCUCUGGCCCCAUGCGUCACGCAGUUCCUGAACACGGUGUUCUUCGUUGCUCACCCGCCGCGCACGCUGGGGACAGACGAGGUGCGGGUCCUCCGCACGCUGGGGCUGGCGCUCGACGGCAUCCUGCGCGGAGAGGUCGUCGAGACUGCGGAUCUGCUCAUGCAGGAGUUCAAGGCGCGGACGAUGGCCAUCCGCGACGGGAACUGGCGGUCGGCACGGUGGCUCACGCUGGUCGCGCAGGAACAGCUUCCAUCAGGCGCCUCUCUGGACGAGGAGAACGCUGCCGAGAAGGUCGAGGCCCGGGAGCUGAAGGCGAUGAGGAUCCUUGCCGGACGAGUUCCAGGCGACGGUCCCGCAGCUCCCCCCGCCGAGAAGAAGCCGCCAGCAGCGCGGAGGGCCAGCCGCAGUCCCACGCGGUCAGUCCAGCUCCUGAGCGACUCGGAGGGGGACCUCGACGCAGCAGCCGCCGCCCGCGUGCCACCAGCGGAGGCGGCGGCAAUCCGGAGCUUCGCGCAGCACAAGGCGGCCCACCCGAGGCGCGAGGGCGAGAUCCAGGACGGCCUGGGUUCGGGCGUGAGGGCCGACACGGCUAAGGCCGCGGCCCAGAACACGCCCCCGCCUGCCCUCCGCCCGCCUGAGCGGCAGCUACGCGGCAGCUCGCAGGCUCGGCGGUGGCGCCAGAUGCUAGCCGAGGUGGGCACGGGCGUCAGCUCCAAGUUCAGGCUUGCCCUCGCAGUUCACGAGGCGGUGCACGGCUCGCCAGGGGCGAUCGGGCGGUGCGUUCGUAAGAUGUGCACUUCGCCAGACCCCACGGCCAGCUUCGCGCGGCUGCGCGAGGUGUUGCCGUUACCGCUGCCCGACGCCCCACUCUUCGAGAGGUACCGUGCCGCCUGGUACCUGCACCAGCAGCUGCCGGAGACCUGCGAGGUAGACGCCGCCACGGCGCAGGGGUGGGCCCAGCUCGUGGUCUUCAGCCUGAACUACCAGUACACGGGGCACAUGCGCAGUCCCACCGUCGCCGCGAGGCGGCCCACGGCUAGCCAGGUUAGUGCGCUCGGCAUUGUGCAGGAGGCCUGUGAGUAUUUCGUUCAGGAUGCCGCCACAGCCUUCGAGCUCCCUGACUGGGACCAGGUCAUCUCGUCGAGGACCGUCUCCUACGGGGGCGAGGAGACGGCCCGCGCCUUGCCGCUCUCGCUCGCGGGCAUCAUGCCAGGCCUCCCCGCGCGCGGCGUCGCCGCCUCGGUCAAGGCGGUCGACAUCGCGGACGCUCAGGUGGGCGCCUGGCUUGCCGACCCCACGCUGGCUUUGCUCCCACGAGAUGAGUGGCCUGCAGAGGUCCCGCGGGCGGCGAUCCAGGUCACGUCCAAGCAGGAGUGGUACCGCAUCGGGACCAAGCUCGUCGAGCUGGGGCUGGCGGCGCCGAUCGCCGACGACCGCAUCUUCAAGGUCGGGAACCGCAAGGUGCUUGCGGGGGCGUUCGGGGUCGCCAAGGGAGGCACGCCGUCACCUGGCCAGGCGUGCGUCCAGCGGUUAAUCAUCAACAUGGUCCCGGCCAACAGCUACCAGCGCAUCAUGAGGGAUGACAUCGGGACCCUUAGCGCGUCGCCCUCGUGGGUCGCCAUCCCGCUCCCAGAGGGUCACAUGCUGCUCUGGUCCUCGGAUGACCAAGCCUCCGCUUUCUACUGCUACGAGCUGCCCGAGGCCUGGCAGCCAUACAUGACCCUCGCGGAGGCGAUCCCGAACGAGCUCAUCGGUGUGCCGGGUCCUGGGAAGACUCACCUCGCGCUGCGCGUCAUCCCGAUGGGCUGGAUCAACGCGGUCACGGUGUUUCAGCACUGCCACAGGCGCCUCGGGUUCGGCUCUCGCCCCCUCGCCGCGGGGUUUCCCGCAGAGCUCGAGUGGCGCAAAGACCGGCCGCUUCCGUUCAAGUCGAAGGAGCUCGAGCAGCAGUGGAUCCAGUACUACAUCGACGACUGGGACCAUGGCGAGGUGGUGCCCAACGCGAUGGUCGCGGAGCUCCUCGGCACGAUGAGCUGCGCGCAGGAGGAGCAGAGGGCCGCCUACGGCCGCUCGGGGAUCAGCGUCGCCCCCGGCAAGGCCAAGCACCGCGCGCUGGUCCUGGUGCGGAUGGGCGCGGGUCUUGACGGGGCCGUCGGCCGGGUCGGAGUACGUUCCGAGUAUGCGGGUUAUUUGAUGUAUUUUCCGGACGUCGGCGCUCGCGGCGCUUUAACUCUUCUCUACUAA